AUGCAAAUACCAGAUGGUGUUCAGUGCACUAAGCCUAACCAAGUCUGUAAGCUGCUCAAGAGUUUGUAUGGUUUGAAACAAGCCAGCAGAAAGUGGUAUGAGAAGCUUACAUCUUUGUUAGUCAGGGAGGGAUAUACACAAUCCACCUCUGAUUAUUCAUUAUUCACACUCAAUCAACAAAACAACUUCACUGCAUUACUUAUAUAUGUUGAUGAUGUGAUAUUGGCUGGCACUAAUAUGCAAGAGAUAGAUAGAAUCAAAGCUAUUCUGGAUCACAACUUCAAAAUCAAGGAUUUGGGAGUUGUGAAGUACUUUCUUGGCUUGGAAGUUGCUCAUUCUAAAGAAGGCAUCAGCAUUUCUCAGAGAAAAUACUGUCUUGAUCUGCUUAAUGACUCAGGUUUGCUUGGCUCAAAACCUGCAUCUACACCUCUGGAUCCUUCCAUCAAGCUACAUCAAGACAAUGGGAAACCAUUUGAAGAUAUAAGCUUGUACAGGAGACUUGUAGGGAAAUUGUUAUAUCUCACAAACACUAGGCCUGAUAUAACAUAUGCAACACAACAACUGAGUCAAUUUCUGCAUAAUCCAACUGUGACACAUUAUAAAGCAGCUUGUAGAGUGAUUAGAUACCUCAAGCAAAACCCUGGCAGAGGUCUUUUGUUCCAUAGAAAUGCUGAUCUACAGUUGCUUGGAUAUUCAGAUGCAGACUGGGCAGGAUGCAUAGAUACAAGAAGGUCUACUACUGGAUAUUGUUUCUUCUUAGGUACAUCAUUGAUAUCAUGGAAGGCAAAGAAACAAACUACCAUAUCCAAAUCAUCUUCUGAAGCAGAAUAUAGAGCCUUAUCUUCAGCCACAUGUCAGUUGACUUGGCUUUUGUACGUGCUGAAGGAUCUACAUGUUGAAAGUUCUAAGCAGCCAGUAAUAUUUUGUGAUAAUCAAAGUGCCUUGCAUAUAGCUUCCAAUCCAGUCUUUCAUGAAAGGACUAAACACAUAGAAAUAGAUUGUCACCUUGUGAGGGAAAAGGUUCAGGAAGGGCUAAUGCGCCUAUUGCCCAUUUCAACACAGGAUCAGCUUGCAGAUUUCCUAACAAAGGCACUACCUACUCCAAAGUUCAACAAUUUUAUAUCCAAGCUUGGAUUGCUUGAUAUAUACCAAGCAUCAGCUUGUGGGAGGCUGUUAAGUGAUAAUUAUGAUCAGCACAUCACAGAUUGCAAGCUAACUCAAGAUGAUUAUGGCUAA